GGUGGAUUCCGAGUCGAAGUCUUCUGUAGGUCACGUAUAAAACGGGGCCCGACGGGGAGAGGCACCUCAGUUGCUAGCAGGAGCCUGGAGUGAGAGAGAUGCGUCUUAUAGUAUUUUUGGGCGCCGUGCUGGGGGUGGCGGUGGGGCUGACCCUCGCCCAGGAAGCCCCCGUGGCCGUGGAAGAAGUGCAUGCCGUGGAGGAGCCCGAGGCGUUGCCGGUUGUGCAUGUCGAACUGGACGAGGAAGGAAGACUCGACGCGGCCAGGCUCCUGCAGGAUUUUUUCGAUAACGAAGCGGAGGAAUUGGCUGCAGCUGCUGCUGCUGAUGAUGACGAUGAGGUUGCGGGCGUCGAUCGUGAAGGACGCAAGGCCGAUGACGGUAGCGGGGGGGAGGUGGACGUCACUCGCUACAACAACUUCAUCGACACCGUCCUGAGGCGCAUCAACUCCUUCUCCAGGACCCGCAACGACCCCUUGACCGUGAGCCUCAGCGAAGACGGCAAGAAGAAGAACAAGACGAAGGACGAAAAGGAAGGAGGGAAGGGGAAGAAGAAGAACAAGGGAAAGAAGGGAGGAAAGAAGGAAGGCAAGAAGGGAGAGAAGAAGGGAAAGAAGAAGGGAGAAAAGAAGGGAGGAAAGAAGGGGGAGGGAGAGAAGAAGCAGAGAAAGAGCAGCCGCCACCCUAAGGACCUGAGCCUGGAUGUGGAGCAGGUGGAGCAGGUGGUGGAGGGCGAGCAGCAGGAGGCGGCGGCACCCGAGUCUCCCGUGGCAGUGGAGACGAGGAAGAAGAGGGAGGUGGAGGACGAGGUGGAGGAGCACAUUGAGGAGGAGGAGGAGGAGGCCGACGAGGAAUUGGAGGGUGGACUUGAGAGAGAGAAGCGCGACGCCGAGAUGGAGGAGGAGGAGAUUGACGAAGCCGUGGUGACUGCCCGCAAGAAGAAGCCAGACAGCGGAGACAACAAGAAGGCCGGGAAGAAGGGCAAGGGCAAGAAGGGAGGCAAGAAGGGCGGCAAGAAGGGCGAGAAGAAGGGAAACAAGAAGAGCGGAAAGAAGGGAGCAAAGAAGGGCAAGAGCGGAAAGAGGAAGACCAGGAAGGCUCCCCCACGAGUGCGCACAAGCCGGGCCUCCGUGACGGGAAUCUCCACGCUGCGCCGCCGAGGGGACGUUAAGGUGCUCAACAGGAAGGGAGCCAAGGAGAUCAGGACCCAGUUUACGCUUGGUCCCGUCAACCUCAAAGUGGCUAGGAAGUACGGCUUCGGCAAGGACACUAUCAGCAGGGACGCCCUCGCCGAGUCCCCGGAGCUGAAGGGCAAGAUGCACAUUGUGGUCUCCGCCGACGGCAAGGCGCGCGUGGCCAAGUUCUUCAUCUCCAGGCCGAACAUCGUCAGGGUUGAAGGCACGCUGCACAAGGAAGUCAAGACCGGUAUGAACAACAACUACCUCGAGCGCUCCAUCGCCCGCGUGACCCCCGUGGCUACCAAGAGGCUCAAGGCGGCGGCGAGGGAGGUGCUCUCGUCCAGCCAGACCAGGAACCAGUAAGCUGAGGUCCCUGCCGCUGCUGCCCUGCCCGACGCCACGGCUGCCAACACCUACAGAACUGCUUCCCUUUGCUCAGACUCUCGGCAAUCUUGUUCUUCUUGUUCCUUUUCAUUUUAGGGUCUUUGCAGUACUGUCCAGCAUCUAUAAAUGAUACUAUGAUGCUGUUUUAAGUACUGGUCAUCUUCAGCAUUGUUAGAGUUAAUCCUGUAGUGCUGUUUUUAGUACUGUUAUUCGUCUCUUGUUCUUCUUGUUCCAUUCAGACUCUUUGCAGUACUGUCCAGCAUCUAGAAAUGAUCCUAAGGUGUUGUUUUAAGUACUGGUCAUCCUCAGCAUUGUUAAGAGUCCUGUAGUGCUGUUUUUAGUACUGUUAUCUGUCCCCUUGGCCUCUUAACACUUGGCAGUCUCUUGCUCUUCUUCUUGUUCUACUCAGGCUCGUUACAGCACUAUUCAGCAUCGUUAAGGUCGAUUCUAAGGUGUUGUUCUAAGUACUGUCAUCUAUGCCAGCGUUAGAGACAAUCCUAUCUGCUGUUCCUCGUUCUUGGUCAUCUUCAGUUCUCUACCCAGCGUCGCGAGAGUUGGUGCCACGGUGUUUUUAGUACAACCAUCCUUCGGGACUCAACGACAACUCUGGGAAUGUUUUGUUAAGUCCCUGUCAAGCCUCCACUGAAUUCCUGUAGCCCCCUGUCCCCCCACACACCCCUGCCCCCCGCCCUCAGGAAGUUCCCAAGUCCCUUAUCUCAAGUAAUCCUCUCCGGGCUUUUCAUUUCGUUGAGAGACUUGGUUUUAAAUCCCUCAAAUCCUCCUCUUCUUCUUCCACCUUUCUUUUUUUCAUGGUUUCCCCCCCCCAGAAUUUCUCUCAGGGGUAAAAUUUUCCAUUAUAGUUUGAGUGAUUCCAAAGUGUUUAAGUGGAGGCGUUUUUUUUUUUUUUUUUUGUUUCUUUUUGACGGAGUUUAUUCAGUUUCGAUUCCCCUUGACUUCCUGGUUGAAUCGUUUUGCUGUCCCGAUCACUUCCUGUACUUGUCUUGUUUGGCUUUCUUUCGGCAGGGUCAAGUCAGUUUUCGAUUCCCUUUGACCUCCAGGCUAAAUCAUGUUGGUGUCCCGAUCUCUUCUUGUUCUUGUCCUGUUUUCGUGAAGUCUGCCUAGUCUUCCCCUGUGCCCUGGUGAUCUAAAAGUAUAAGCCAUUUGGGUCCCUUCAUCACCACGGUUUUCUUUCGGCAGAGCUAGAAUCAUUUUUGGUGUCCCGAUCGCUUCCUGUUCUUGUCCUGUUUCCCUUACAUCUGCCUGGCCUUCCCCUGUGCCCUGGUGAUCUAAAAGUAUAAGCCAUUUGAGUCCCUACACCACCAUGGUUUUCUUUCGGCAGAGCUAGAAUCAUUUUUGGUGUUCCGAUCACUUUUUGUCCUGUUUCGUGAAGUCUGCCUGGCCUUCCCCUGUGCCUUGGUGAUUUAAAAGUAUGAAUCAUGAGUCCCUUCACCACGACACCACUCCCUCCAUCCCCCUCCCAGCCGUCCUUCACAAGUAAUAGCCAACCAGUCACCACGGCAUAAAAAUUUGGUUCCAAGGUUUUCCCUCGCCACAAAAAGAACAAGAAUAAAACAAGAAGAUGAAAAACAACGAAGAAGAAGAAGAAUGGGACAGCAGACUAUUUUACCAGCGUGCAGCACCAACCAGCCAGCACCAGCCUCUCCUCUCCUCUCAUUUCUUCCCUUCCCUCGCGGCGCAUCGGAGCAGUUGAGGUCGCGUCCCCCCCGCCCUCCCCCCUCCCGCCACCGGCCAGCCCUCGAAGCCCUUGGACCAGCGCAAGAAAAUGGAUUAAGUCCCCGGAUGAUGCUAAUGUUGCGACAGCCUCACUUGCAUCAUUGUCUUAUGUCUCCUCCUCCUCCUCCUCCUCGUCCUUGUCUUCCUCCUGCAGCCUCACUUUCUCAGGGCUUUCAUCAUUGUCCUGUACCUUCUCCUCCUCCUCUUCCUCCUCCUCCUUCAUGUCUAGUCUAACAUACAUCACUCAGAGCUAAAUUUCCGGUUCCACUCCCUCACUCCCAUCCCUCCCUCUCCUUCAUUACGCAAAACUCUACCAAGAGAGAAAAAAAAGCUAAAAAAAAGAACUGAUUCCUCGGAGUCCAGCGGCCUCAGAAGUGCACGUCUGAAGCCUCGCCUGAGACUCCCCCGACGACGACUUCGGCGACACGCAAACCCGACGACGGAUACGGACGACGCUGUGACUCGGCCCUCCAGACCCUCCCCCCUCCCCCCCCGCCCCUUCCUGGGUGAGGGAGGGGAGGGCCAGCCACGGAGGGGGGGUGAGGGGCACGGGGGGAAGGGCCACGUACGGAUUUUGGAUGCCACGGUCUGCCAUCUUUCCAUUUUCGUCUCGCUUGUCAACUCGGCGACAGAACGAUACAAAAAGGUCUCUUGCUUCGCACGGAACAUCGCAGCAGCCCGGCGAGGUUGGUCUCUCGCCUAUAUUAUUUUUUUUAUUUAUUUUGUUUUGUGUUAGUUUUUUUUUUUUUAUAGUUACCGUGUUGUAUGUACUUGAUAUUAUUAUGAUGUAUGUGUUGUGUGAGUGUGUGUUAUUCUUAUUAUUAUAUUGUUAUUAUUAUUACCACUACGAUGAGUUUUGGUUAUUAAGAUGUGUUUAAUUUAUUGUGUAUUUAAUAAUAAACUCUAGAUUAAGA